UUCCCCACACACGCGCUUGCUGCCCGCUGUGCUGGCUGUGUCUGCCUGCCUGGGAGUUGAUGGUGAGCGGAGCUGGGCCGGGACCUGCGAAGGAUGGAGGAGAAGCCCUCCGCCAGCAUCAAGCCCCACCUGGACAAGCUCACCCUGGGCGUCAUACGCGUCUUGGAGACUUCUCCAGGAGUUGCUGAGGUGACGUUUGUGGAAAAGGAGCCAGCUGAACGCCACACUAUCAUUUCAUGGGAGCAAAAAAACUCCUGCGUGUUGCCAGAGGAUUUAAAGAACUUCUAUCUGAUGACUGAUGGCUUCCAGAUGACCUGGAGUGUGAAAACUGAUGAUACCCCAAUGCCCCUGGGUUCCAUGAUGAUUAAUAGUGUCUCAAAGCUAUGUCGACUUGGGGGUUCCUCAAUGUACACUCUGCCUAAUGCACCAACUCUUGCUGAUCUGGAAGAUGACACAGAUGAAGAAGGUAAUGAAGACAAACCAGAGAAGCCACAUUUUGAUUCUCGUAGUCUUAUCUUUGAAUUAGACCCGUGCAAUGGGAAUGGGAAAGUUUGUCUUGUUUAUAAGCACACUAAACCAGUUGUCUCCCCAGACACAGAGAUAUGGUUCUUGGACAGAGCUCUAUAUUGGCAUUUCCUCACCAAAACCUUCACAGCUUACUACCGCCUGCUCAUCACCCACCUGGGCCUCCCACAGUGGCAAUAUGCCUUCACUAGCUAUGGGGUCAGCCCCCAGGCCAAGCAAUGGUUUAACAUGUAUAAACCCAUAACUGUCAACACAGCUCUACUUUCUGAAGAAGCUGACUCCUUUGUGAAUAAGCUGGACCCCAACAAAGUAUUUAAAAGCAAGAACAAAACUCCAGUGAUCAAAAAGAAGUCGUCCUCCCAACCAGCAGGCUCCCAAAAGAGCCAUACUACCAUGACGUCCUCCAAGAGUUCUUUACUACCUGGCAAUUCUUCAAGGAAGUGAGACCCCGAGAUCUGGCCCUGGACAUCAUUUGCAACAAGCUUUGAUGUUCUGUGAUGCAGAGUCUGAGAGCUUCAGACCAAGCCCUUUGUUGUGCAUGAAUAGAUCUUCCCAUGGAAACUACACUGCAGCAUUUGCAUGAAACAUAACCACAGUGUACUUUGAUGUGGGAGGGAGAUAGAUCCUGGUGGCUUUCAGCAAAAAAACUUGAGACACUGAUUUAAUUCACAUUUGCUACUUGCAGCAUGUACUUUUCAAAGGCAUGAAGAAGUCAUUGAUGUCACUGCUCUGUAGGGAAGCUGUUGUUACUGUGCAACUACAGCAGUGAACUGAAAGUAAAUUUAAGUCACUAUCUUUAAUAGACCCAUGCUGAAAUACAGCAUGUGAGGAUAUUUCUGCUAUCAUCUCCUUUGAAAGAAACCUGCCCUGGCCUUGCAUGUUGUGGGAGCAGGCUGGAACCUGCAACAAAAAGAAAUAUGUUUCACUUCAGACAGAAUCAAACUGCAUUUCCCUUUCCAAUCUUUCAACUCUGAGAUUCACAGUACAGAGGGGCCUGGGGUUUCUGUGUCCCUGCAUUGGCCUAGCCACUUGCUUUACAGCCAAGACCAUUCCUUGGCCUUCAUGCUGUAUCCUUUGGGAUAAUGAAUGAGCUCUGUGUGAUGCCCUCUGUAAUGAGACUGGAGGCGACAAGAAGAUGCAAGGACCCUCAUUGCCUCUGCUUUCUCCUCUUGUGGGAACUGACUGGGGACUGCUAGAGCAGGAGCCAGGGCAGCUCCAGGUGCAUCAGUGGUGUUAGAGUGUUGUAAACCAGGAGGACACCUUGAUUUGUCACACACUCAUUUCCCAGUCUGAGCAUUCAAAACACUUUUAUGACUUAUUAACUGGGCAGGAUCUGACCGGGGCCAUUGAGAUCCUACAGCCCUAGAAGGCCCUGAUGCUAUUUUCGAUACUGUAAGUUUUCAGGUAAAACUGCACUUUAACCCAUUCAUUUCUGGUUUUCAGUAACAUCUGACUGUUUCCAUUAAUUUUUGAUGUCAUUCAGUCUUCUUACAUAUGCUGGAAGCACCUCAUAGCAGCCAGCCCAUUCUGUGCCUAAGUAGGAAUUGCAAAGUCACUAUCUCCAAGCAAGCAUUGAUGGUUCAAAAAACAGCAUAUUUUAUUUAUGAAACAGUUACAUAAUUGCGUAAGACAAACCUACCUCACAGGGAUGUUGUGAGGCUUUCACGAGCAUUUAUGGCCUUCAGAAAGACCAAGCCACCCUGUAAGUAAGUGCUUAAUAGUAUUUUAAUAAAGAUUUGAAUAUUUUCCUCCA